UUGCAAUUUCUCCGGUUUGUGUUCUGCGGAGGUGCAUAAAAGGAAUAAUCGCAUUUCUCUUUAAUUUACAAAUUUAAUUAUUUUCGCGAUUGAAUUUUGCGUGUCUGUGGGUCUCUAAAUUGUUAGUGUUGAUCUGUCUUUACGAAAGAAAUGACUGAAGAAGCUACGAAAAAAUUAGCUACGCUUUACAUCUCGGAUAAAAACGGCAGUGACGAGACGGGAAAUGGAUCGGAGGGAAAGCCUUUCAAGACUGCCAUUUGCGCACUGCGGCAUUCUGACGGAAAUGAUGUGGACAUUAUGGUAGAAGGGAGUGCCGAUGGCGGCGAUGCCCAGCAGAAAUGGCUGCCCAUAUCCGAUUCGGCGCUGAAGAAAGCCAAGAAAUUGUACCAACAAGAUCAGCGAAAAGCGGACAAACAGGCGGAGAAAGAAAAAGAGGAUAAAGAACGCAGGGAAAAGAAUCUCGAGCAGGCCAAAUCCGUCACCAUCAAGGAAAACCCUAGUCUUCCCGCAGCUACCAAGAUAAAAAUCCGCGAUGCAACAAAAAGCCGUGGUGUUCGCGUGAAGAUCUACGGAUGGGUGCAUCAUCUGCGACGACAAGGGAAGGUGCUGUGGUUCAUCACGCUGCGCGAUGGAACUGGUUAUCUCCAGUGCGUCUUGACCGGUGAAAUGUGCCAAACAUACGAAGCCGUGACAUUAGCUACGGAAGCAGCCGUGCUUCUGUACGGUGUGAUCAAACCGGUUCCAGAAGGUCAAACGGCUCCGGACGGGCAUGAAAUGGAAGUGGAUUACUGGGAGCUGAUCGGUGCAUCACCGGCCGGCGGUGUGGACAACCUUCUGAACGAAGAAUCGGGUGUGGACGUGUUGCUGGAUAACCGUCACAUUCAUCUACGCGGAGAAACGUUGUCGAAGGUCAUGAAAGCCCGAUCUGUCUUGAUCAACGCCUUCCGUGACCAUUACCGCGAUCGCGGCUAUUUUGAGAUCAGCCCGCCGACGCUCGUGCAGACGCAGGUGGAGGGCGGCUCGACGCUGUUUAAGUUGAACUACUUUGGCGAGGAGGCCUACUUGACGCAGAGUUCGCAGCUGUACCUGGAGACGGCCAUCCCGGUCCUGGGCGAUACGUACUGCAUUGCGCAAUCGUAUCGGGCGGAAAUGUCAAGGACCCGACGUCAUCUGGCUGAGUACACGCACAUUGAGGCUGAGUGUCCGUUUAUUACGUUUGAUGAGAUGCUGGAUCGAUUGGAGGAUUUGAUUGUGGAUGUCGCGCAGCGAGUGAUGGAUUCACCGUUUGCUUAUUUAAUCAAGGACUUGAACCCAGAUUUCAAGGUGCCCAAGCGCCCAUUCCGGCGGAUGAACUACUCUGACGCCAUUACGUACCUUAAAGAGCACAGUAUCACGAAAGAUGAUGGGACAUUUUACGAAUUUGGAGAGGACAUUCCGGAAGCUCCUGAGCGUAAAAUGACUGAUCAGAUUAACGAGCCGAUUAUGCUCUGUCGUUUUCCGGCGGAGAUCAAGGCGUUCUACAUGCAGCGCUGCGCAGAGGAUCCCCGUCUGACCGAAUCGGUGGAUAUGCUGCUGCCCAACGUAGGAGAAAUUAUCGGAGGCUCGAUGAGGAUGUGGAAGUACGAUGACUUGGUGGAGGCUUUUAAGAAGAACGGUCUGAACCCGGAUACGUACUACUGGUACCUGGAUCUGCGCAAGUACGGCACCCAUCCCCAUGGUGGCUACGGAUUGGGAUUGGAGCGCUACUUGACGUGGAUGUGCAACCGGUAUCAUAUUCGCGAUUGUACGCUGUAUCCACGAUUCGUUGAACGGUGUAAACCAUAAAACCGCUUGUUAUCUGUCGACCAUUUUCUGUUAGUUUUUUUCGCUAAUUACGCCCUGGUUUUUGUACGGUUGCUAAAAUUAUUUUGAAAUGCUAACGAGUCAAGUGUUUACAGUGGCCUUCGUCAGCAGUCUUGCUAAACUUCUUUCCUUUUGUUGCAUUAACAUGGCAGUAUA